UUGCAAAUUUCCACCCAAGCAGCACCCCAAAAGUCGACCCUUCUUUACCACCGACAAGCCCCGAAAUCUCUGCGACCUACCGAUCGACAGCUUCUCGCCCCGACAAACCGAAAGCCCAACGCCAAGAUGUCCGACGACGAGGACUUCAUGCAGGAGUCGGAUGAGGAGCAGUAUGACUUCGAAUACGAGGAAGACGACGACGAGGACUCCGGCGACGUCGGCAUCGAGAACAAGUACUACAACGCGAAGCAGCUGAAGCUUACCGAUCCCGAGGAUGCAAUCGCAGAGUUCCUAGGCAUACCACCUUUAGAGGACGAGAAAGGCGAAUGGGGCUUCAAGGGCUUAAAGCAAGCCAUCAAAUUGGAAUUCAAGCUGGGCCAGUAUGAGAAGGCGACAGAGCACUACGCCGAGCUUCUGACGUACGUCAAGUCAGCCGUCACGAGGAACUACUCCGAGAAGUCAAUCAACAACAUGCUGGACUACAUCGAGAAGGGCUCAGAUGGACCCAAGGCGGUGGCCUGUGUCGAGAAGUUCUACUCGCUCACUCUCGAAAGUUUCCAGAGCACCAACAACGAGAGACUCUGGCUCAAAACCAACAUCAAGCUCGCGAAGCUCCUGCUCGACCGCAAAGACUACGGCACCGUGUCCAAGAAGCUCCGUGACCUCCACAGAGCCUGCCAGAAGGAGGACGGAAGCGACGAUCCCAGCAAGGGCACCUAUUCCAUGGAGAUUUACGCCCUCGAGAUUCAGAUGCACGCCGAGACGAAGAACAACAAGCAGCUCAAGCGCCUAUACCAGCGUGCCUUGAAGGUUCGGUCCGCCGUUCCGCAUCCGAAGAUCAUGGGCAUCAUUCGCGAAUGCGGCGGCAAGAUGCACAUGAGCGAGGAGAACUGGGCGGAGGCGCAGACCGACUUUUUCGAGUCCUUCCGCAACUACGACGAGGCCGGCUCGCUCCAGCGCAUCCAGGUUCUCAAAUACCUCCUCCUCACGACGAUGCUGGUCAAGUCCACCAUCAACCCGUUCGACUCGCAGGAGACCAAGCCCUACAAGCAGGACCCGCGUAUCACGGCUAUGACGGACCUGGUGGAUGCCUAUCAACGUGACGAUGUUCACGCCUACGAGAACGUUCUCCAGAAGAACCAGGACAUCCUCGCCGAUCCCUUCAUCGCAGAGAACAUUGAUGAGGUCACCCGCAACAUGCGCACCAAGGGCGUUCUCAAGCUCAUCGCCCCCUACACACGAAUGAAGCUGGCCUGGAUCGCGAAGCAACUCAAGAUCUCGCAGCCCGAGGUUCAGGACAUUUUGGGCUUUCUCAUCGUCGACGGCAAGAUCGACGGCAAGAUUGACCAGCAAGCGGGCACGCUGGAGAUCCAGUCAGAUGCGGACAGCGACCGCACCAAGGCUAUGCACGACCUCACCGAGUCCGUCUCGAAUCUCUACGCGACCAUGUUCAAGGACGGCGACGGCUUCCGCACCACCGACUUCCCCAACGAAGACCCGAACAUGGAUAUCAUGGGCGGCCUGACGCCCAGAGCCGGCGGCUCACGAGGACCCCCGCGAGGAGUCGGACGGAAGGGCAAGGGCGUGAUGCCGAUGUGGACUUGA